GAAGGGUUUUGACAACAUUGUCACAUUUUCCAGCUGAAAAGUUUUUACGAGUUGGAAAGAGAAAGCUAUUUUUAUAUGAAGGUUGACCCAGGAGGGUUCAAAGAGGAAGCAAUACUUCUGAAAAUGGGGAAGGAGCUGAGCGGCGGCGAAUCCCGUUCAAAAACUGAAAGCAUGGACCCAUUGACGCAGAUGUCAUCGGAGCAGAAAAGCAACGAGAAACUGCUGAGGAUUAUAGACGACCAGGCGAGGCAAAUCCGAGAACUCAAAGGCCAGACGGCUAAAAUUGACAGCCUGACCGCCCAAGUAACUCGUCUAGUAAGUUCGAAAGAAUCCCCCAAAGAACGGACCAACAGCCGAAAGAGACCGCUACGUGUUGUCUAAGAUGCAACAAAUUCCUCGAAGACCUUUGAAGUAAACGCAGAUCCAAGAUCCGUGAUGAGUCGUCUUGGGUUACCGAGCAUCGCGAACAUUUCAGUUAACAUUUGAAUUACGUAUUUUGCAGAUGUAUCAGGAACUGCUUUUAAAUACACAAAUUUCGAAAAG